GUAACUUUUUUGACAUUAUUGCCACGAUUUCUCUGGCAUUACGGUACCGUCAAGUUUACAUGCAUGUUUUGUAUGUAUCGUUUACAUCUCGUAAACAUUAGUUUAAAUCCUGGAAUUGUAUUCUUGUUGGAUUACCGCAAGUUUUUAUUAGCUUAUACUUAAAAUACGAAACAAAUCAUGGAUACCAAAAUGCGUCGCAUGUCUCCACUGGAAGACGAAACCGGAUUGGUUGACAUGGAUGAGGGUGACGCUAAAGGAAGAAAGAGAAAAUUGCAAAUGAACUUCGGGGCUCUAUGUGUCAUCUGGUUAUUCACAUUUACAGCAUAUUCUGGUUUACAAAAUCUAGAAACCGCGCUGUAUCAGGAUGUAGGGUUGUAUACCUUAGCUGCGUUGACAGGUGGCGGUGUCAUCGCAUGUCUUUUAGCACCGACAGCUAUCAGUUACAUCGGAUCCAAAGGAGCACUUAUUGUAUCUUGGAUAUGUCUUUCAUUCUUUGUAGCCGCUAAUUUCUUUGGUUUUAUAGGAAGUGGCUUUAAAUAUUUGCUUGUGGUUGCUGGCGGAGUUGAAGGUCUAUCUACUGGAUUAAUGUGGACCGCACAAGGAUCUAUAACUACGACAAUAGCCAUGGAGUAUCAUGAAAUAAUAGGGGAACCCAUGGAGAAGACCCUAAGUACACUUUUUGGAAUAUUUUGUAUGUUCUUUCAAAGUACUCAAGUGUGGGGUAAUUUAAUAUCUUCUCUUGUUUUGCAACAAACCUCCCAAAUUACAAAACACGAAUCCAAUUUCACAUUCUGUGGAGCAGAUUUCUGUCCAUCAGAUGUUCUGGCGUUGCGAGGAGGCAAGCACGGGAAUGGCACUGGCGGGCCGUCAAGUUUGCCAGAACCUCGACUCAUAAACAUACUGACUGGGAUAUACUUAGGUUCUACGGCUGUCGGACUGUUGAUAACUAUAGCCUUUCUAAAACCAGUGAAAUCGUCAAUGAGCGACAGUGGAGUGACACUUAAGGUCCGUCUCCUUUCCACUGUCCGUUUACUGUUUACCAAUCUGAACAUGUUUAUGCUGGUACCCUUCAGUUUGUAUACUGGCAUGGAACAAGUUGUGAUGUAUGCAGAAUUUACAAAUUCAUUCGUUGCCUGUAAGCUCGGUAUAGAAUGGAUUGGUUAUACCAUGAUCUGCUUCGGGGUCUGUGAUACGGUUGGCUCAUUAUUGGUAGGAUUCAUCGGGAAAUUUACUGGACGGCCGCCAUUAUUCAUCAUUGCUACUAUUUUGAACCUUGGAGUUCUUGGUAUUAUGAGAUUUUGGUCCUUCAAAGAAGAAGUACCUUUUUAUCUAUUCUUUGUUAUACCAGGUGUAUGGGGAUUAGCAGAUGGAAUCUGGCAAACGCAAAGUGGAGCAUUGGUAGGAUCUGCCUUUACAGAAGACCAGGAACCAGCGUUUGCCAACCUAAGACUGUUCCAGGCUCUGGGGUUCACUGUGGGAUAUUUAUAUAAUGUACAUCUAUGUGAAUACAUCAAACUGUAUAUAGCAGCAGGGACUUUAGUUGUGUCCAUGGUAUUUGUGGCAAUAGUAGAAAUUAGGAUCCGCCUAAAGAACAAACCAGAUGAAAGGAUAAUUUAAAUUGCCAAAUUUUUCAAUUCACGUAUUUUUUUUUUCAUAAUUCACUUUUUUACCAAUUAAAAGAAAUGUGCAGUAUAAAAAACAACCUAUCACCAAUGACUUU